AUGCUCUCGCCCUGGCUUCAAUUGGGUGCAGUGAACAAGCUGAAAAAGGGCUUCAAUCCAACCUUCAAAAUCCAGGGCAAGCCGUACCGCCGACUAGGAAAUCUUCUUCCCACUGCUGGAACUGAACCAAAGUUUGCACGGACUUUUUUUCCUGACUCUGCCACAGAACUUCAGGAUAGGCUGAGACUGUCACAUAUUUUACGGUCAGACAUUUUGAAUGAACUUCAACCUGAGAGAGAAGGUGAGACUGCUGAUUUCUCCAACAAUCUACUGAACAUUGGUGAUGGCAAACACAACGUAUGCAAGCAAAUCGGGGAGUUUGCGAUAAAACUGCCAGAUGACAUCACACUAAAGAGUGAACGAGUGUUGAUAAAUUUUGUCUUCGGUAACUUGCAGUCUAACACAAAUCCUGACUGGCUGGCUUUCCGCUGCAUCAUCUGUCCCACCAACACAGAAGUAGACAGAAUUAACAACCCGAUCAUGCAGUCCUUUUCCGGAGAAGAAAAAGUCUGCAGGAGCAGUGAUUCGAUGGACGAAAAUGAACACCAAUACCAGAUCGAAUUUAUCAAUUCUCUAUGUCCGUCAGGUAUGCCACCUCACAAACUGACAUUGCGGAAAGACAGCAUGGUCAUGUUGUUGAGAAAUCUGGAUCCUGCAAACGGCCACUGCAACGGGACUCGAUAUGUGGUUCAAAACCUUCAGCAACAUGUCAUUGAUGCUGUCGUUGCUUGCGGUCCAUAUGCAGGAAAGAGACUUUUCAUCCCAAGGAUUCCCCUCAUGCCUUCAGACAACAUAAUAAUAUUUCCCUUCCAUAUGCGACGGACACAAUUUCGGUUAGACAUGCUUUCAUUUUGCAAUGACUAUCACCUAAGCUCAGGACAGACUUUGAAAAGGAUAGGGGUUUCUUUACAGGGCGAUUUUUUCCCAUGGACAAUUAUAUUUCGCAAUGAGUCGUGUUUGGUCCAGGGAAUCUAUUAG